GCCGCAUCAGGAUAGCCAGGGGUGGGAGGAGGAACACACGAGCGACAUUUCCUACAGAAAAAACACUUUUCCUCUGGCUAGCUCGUCUCGUCACGAGUUUUCUUGUACUUUUUUUUUUUAAAACACAAACUGUGAAGCAUGAUCAGUACACCCGAUCAGACACUUCUUGUGAUCUGAAGGUAUACGUCUAACUACGUUUCCUGAAUGGAAACAGAUACGCUACUGGCUACUGGCAGCAUUAACGUCGUUCCGCAGGACUACGGCGCCAAUUCGGGCUCAGCAGAACAUGGACAUCCCGAUAAUGGGUCUCCCGGGUUCGGAACCAGAUCGCCUAACUCAGUCGGCGAUAACGAGUCGUGUCCGGUUAAAGGAGGUGACGAGGCUCUCUACAUGCAACAAGCGGUGGUUUUCAUAGAGGACGCAAUACACUAUCGGUCCAUCAACCACCGUGUAGAUGCCAGCUCCCUGCGCCUCCAUCGUUGGUACUACUCAAGGCUCUGUCAAUGGGGUCUGGGCUUGGCCAUAGCGGUGGUGCUGCUGCUGGCGUUUGUGGAGCAGCCCUCUUCCCUAUCCACCUCAUCGGACCCCCGGUACCGCUUGCCGCCCUGGGAGCCCCCGUGCGGCCUCACUGAAGGCAUAGAGGCCCUCUGCCUCUUCAUCUUCACCUUGGACCUCGCUGUCAAAAGUUAUCUGAUUGGCUGGGAGGAGUUCAGGAAGAGCAAAUGGCUGAUGGGCUACACCGUGGUCAUCGCUGCCUCCAUCAUUGAUUGGAUGUUGUCCGUCAGCAUGGAGUGUGAUGAGAAACUGAGAGUACGGCGCCUGCUGCGGCCUUUUUUCCUCCUCCAAAACUCGUCCUUGAUGAAAAAGACCCUGAAGUGCAUCAAGCGGACCCUGCCAGAGAUAGCCAGUGUGAUCCUGUUGUUGGCGCUCCACCUGUGCCUCUUCACUAUGAUAGGCAUGCUGCUGUUUGCCAAAACAGACGAGCCGGAGAGGAACGGCGAGUGGGGGUUGUACUUCAGGAACUUGCCCCAGGCGAUCACCUCUCUGCUGGUGCUGCUCACCACAGCCAACAACCCUGAUGUGAUGAUACCUGCCUAUACCCUGAACAGAGCAUACUCCAUAUUCUUCAUCACCUUCAGUGUGUUCGGAACAUACUUCCUUAUGAACCUGCUGACCGCCAUCAUAUAUAACCAGUUCAGGGGAUACCUGAUGAUGUCGGUGCAGACCUCCAUCCUGCGGAGACGUCUGGGGAUCAGGGCGGCCUUCCAGGUGCUCCGCUGCCAGGGAACCAGGGCUGCCGUCGUUGAGCAGGUUCGUGUGGACACCGUGCUGGAGGUCAUGUACAAGGUCAACAUGAAGUCCUACUACAGAGCUGCCAUCAUCAAGGAAGUGCAGCAGCGUGCAUCCGAUGUGCACAUGGAUCACAAGGCCUUUGGGACGUUAUUCGAACAGCUGGACAAGGACCGGGUCAAAGAGCACCCUGCCCCACCACAGUAUAACUACACCUGCCUGCAGAAGAUCCAGUUUAUCUUCAGUCACUACUACACGACUCUGGCCGGCAAUGCAGUUGCACUGGCCAACGUCAUCUGCAUAUGCACAAUAUUGGUGUUGAAUGCCGAAAAGUCUACUGCAGAGAGAAAUGAUUACUACUUGGAGGUGAUCAAUUGUUGCUUCAUCUUCUGGUACCUGCUGGAGAUGUCUCUGAAGCUUCUAGCUUUUGGCUUGAAAGGCUACCUGUCCUACCGGAAUAACAUCUUUGAUGGCUUCCUCACAAUCCUGCUAAUGGUGCUGCAGAUCACUAUAUUGAUCAACUACAGUGUUCCCUUUUCCAAGUGGCAGCCCAUAUCUCAUGCGAUGUCAUUGUGGGACAUGGUGCGUCUGAUCAACCUGCUCAUCGUCUUCCGCUUUCUGCGCAUCAUUCCAGACAUCAAGCUCAUGAAUCUUGUCGCCAGCACUCUUCUUGACCUCGUGAAGAACCUCCGCGCCUUUGCUGGGAUACUGGUGGUGGUUUUCUAUGUGUUCGCUGUGUUUGGAAUCUGGCUCUUUGAGGGAGCGAUCAAGCCUCCGACCACGAUGAGUAUCAUCUCUAACUCCACAAUAGAAAACAUCACAUCUAACUACACCACGACCUGCGGUACCUAUGAACAGCUAGAGUACUGGCCAAACAACUUUGAUGACUUUGCCGCGGCCAUCAUCCUCCUAUACAACGUCAUGGUGGUCAACAACUGGCAGGCCUUCAUGGACGCCUAUAGCAGAUACACAACAGAGUGGGCCAAGGUGUACUUUGUGUGCUGGUGGCUGACCUCCUCCGUGAUGUGGGUCAACUUGUUUGUGGCGCUGAUUUUAGAGAACUUCAUCUACAAGUGGGACCGCAGUCACAGCUGCUCGGUGACAGACAUGGAGAAGACGAGAUACGAGACCUCAGUGCAACUCAUGUUUAAAGAACACAUUGAGGAACCGACCGAAGAGGAGCUACUUAGACAACUGCAGCAACAUCCCCACCUACACAUACACUGUACUGUUGACACAUAAACACAAACACACACUCAAUAUCCAUAGCCAAGUAUUCCAUCAGCAGAUUCACUAAAAUCACAAGCAGUGAUGAAACCAUAUCUACUGUUGUCGAAGUUAAUUUUAGUUAUUGAAGCUGUUGUGUAUGUACUUCAGAUUUUCUGACAUAACCACUGGGAAAAUGUAUCUGUUUUUAAUUAAUUAUGAGAAAAGGAGUAAAUGAGUGUGCCGUCACAAAUUGUAUGGAGGCUACAUGUGUUAACUUGAUGAGAAAAAACAACUACAUUAUCCUCGGAGACAAUAGCCAACUUUAUCUUCAGAGCUGUAAACAAAGCAAAACAAAUCAAAGCAUAAAGCAUAAAGCUGAUUUCAUACUAGUUUUCAAAGAGUAGAAAACUUAAUAAUAGUUUUGUAAUAAUUUUAAAGGAUCCAAGGCGGGAUGUUUUUUUUCCAAUGUGCUGCCAAGGGUUGGCAGCACAGGCCUCCAGUUUGUUGAGAUUAUAUUUUAUUAAAAAAGAUAAAGGGGAAAAAUUAUGAUAUUUUUAGAUCUUGUUAUUUAUGGGUGGGGAUAUAUUUUUAAAAUUGUAUGCCUUGUUGUUUUGUAAACGAUUCAAUGGGAUUUAAAACCACUUGAUAGAAAACCUACCUGAACAAAUAAACUGUUACAAAAUAGAUGAUUGUUAUGUUAUGUUAUGUUAUGAUUUGAUGAAAUUAAUCACAUUAUUGCUGAAAAAAAUAAAUAUGACCCAACAGAGAG